UCCCUUGGAGAAGAGAGCGAGAGAGAGAGAGAGAGAGAGAGAGAGAGAGAGAGAGAGAGAGAGAGAGGAGGUUGGCACGGCACAGCAUUAGUGAGGAGUAGAGCAAGAAGAAACAAGGUCGAGGAGAUGGCGGAGCAUCAGCCGACGUCGCACACGAUUGUGAGGGGAGUGACGGCGGCGACCAUCGGGGGAUUGCUGCUGCUGCUGUCGGGGCUGACGCUGACCGGCACGGUGAUCGGGCUGACGGUGGUGACACCGCUGCUGGUCAUCUUCAGCCCGGUGCUGGUCCCGGCGACCAUCGCCGUGUUCCUGCUGGUGGCCGGCUUCGUCACCUCCGGCGGGUUCGGGGUGGCGGCGCUGUCGGUGCUCUCCUGGAUGUACCAGUACCUCACCGGCAGGCGCCCGCCGGGGUUCGACCAGCUGGAGCAGGCCCGUGCCCGGCUUGCCUCCAAGGCCCGCGACAUCAAGGAGUCCGCGCAGCACCGCAUCGACUAGGCCCAGUCCUCCUAAUUAAAUAAACGAAUCACCGCCCUCUUCCCCUUCACUUUCUCGAGUCAGAGCUUGCACUCCGCCGUUUGCUUCCCGAGACGUCCUUGGCGUUAUUCUUAUCAGAGUUUCUGUGUCUUGUCUGUGUCUUGUGGGUCGCCUUUUAUUUGCAGCUGUUUUCCCUGGUAGAGGCUAUCGUUGCAUGCUGAGGAUGACGGUGUUUAGUGCACUUGCUUUAGUUUGGUACCAGUUAUGAUGCUACUGCCGACAUUGUUGAAUAAAUUGUGGCUCCUGCUUGUGUGUCUUAUUAUAGACCUGUUUGUAUGCAAUUAUCAUGAUGUUGGAGUUGCUGUCA